AUGGAUUUGGGAGUGUUGGAUAGCAUGUCCAAAAAGUCUUCAGGUGGCCCGGACACCUCUGGGCAAACGCCGAACUCGUCAUGGGCGAACAGGCUCAUGCAGACAGGCACAUCGUCGCAUGAGACGAAGACGAACGGGUCGUUUGGAGGCAUCGACUCGCCUAGCGUUUGCACAGCUGUAUCCGGAAACUUCCAUCCGGGAGUGUGCGUGGAAAUGCUCCGCGGUCUCCGCGGAGACCACGGUUGCAUGACCAAGGCGCGUAUGUUCUUUACGAGCGGUGCUCCUGUGCAGCGUCACGCGGAGUACGAGUCAUGUGGUGUCCGGGCGCAGGUUAUGUUCUGUCCAAUACCUGAUGUUUUGAGGGAUCUGCUGAACUUGAAAUGUGUCUCAUCGCCUGAAGAAGCUCAGAAAUUCUUUCUUCCUGCAGGCAAUGAUCCUGCAGAUAGCAUUGGUAUCGAGUUUUCGGAAGAUGGCUACUUCCCCGAGACUGAUGGCGAAAUGACGACGACAUUGCUGCCAGAAUGGAGCAUGGCAGUGCGGGAUAUUGACAUUCCGGAGGAGUAUAGCCUUGAAGCAGCUGCCAACCGCUUAGCAGAUGUUUUCGAGCUAGACCACCGCGAGCUUCGAUUCACGGCCCGGCAAGACGAAGAUAUCGGACAAGCUGCCCAACUGGGCUGCUGUCCAUGGAAACUUGGACUGCUCAGUGCAAGCCUGGCAUUGUGGGACAUCGCAUGGCAACAAUUUGAAGCACCUGUCGCCGACCAGACACAGCCAGUACUGGUGACUGUAAAUGUGGUACCGCGUGCUUUUGGCUUGCUUGAGAUUUUAGAGAGUAUUGUUGCCAUUAUGUCCGGACAUUCUGGCACGACGGCUUUUACAUCGGUGGCAGCUGCUGCGGAGGCUACUCGCAAAAGGAAGCAGUCAGAUGAAGAUCAUCUGUCAGCGCAACUGCAACAGACAAGUCCAGACCGAUCGUGGGACCCACAAGCUCAGCAUAGUGGUAUCCUUGACACCGAGCUUUUGCGUCGCUUGCUCAUGAAGGCUGAAAAGGAUUCGGACACCGGUCCUUACAUCGUCAAGAACAGAGCAAUCUACAACGACGCCCGACAAAAAGAUAAGCUUGUGAAGCCGCUCGCAGUGAGUCAUUUCCGAUCCUUGGCCAGAGCAGCGCCAACAACGCUGGGGAGCUAUGAUGAAAGUAAGGACUGCCUCAUACUGGCGUUUCCCAAUGACAACAACGACGAAUUCGACAUUGCCCUAUUGGAUCGUGCAAAAAUCUCCAGCUCUGCUCUUCAGGCUUUCUGGCAAAACAACUGCGACAAACGCAAAGGCAAGAAAAGGUAA